UGCGGGGGGCCGAGCACGGGGCUGCAGGCGAGUGAGUUUUCCGGGCGCCUCCAGGUGACCAGCAGGAAAUACCCGAAGCUAAAGGAGGUGGACGACGUCCUGGGAGGCGCCGCUGCUUGGGAAAACGUGGAUUCCACAGCAGAACCGUGUCCCAAGUGUGAACAUCCACGUGCCUACUUCAUGCAGAUUCAGACCAGAUCAGCUGAUGAGCCUAUGACCACAUUUUAUAAGUGUUGUAAUGCUCAGUGUGGCCACAGGUGGAGGGAUUAACUUUCCUAUCAUAUGUGUUAGUUCCUGUUUGUUCAAAACAAAACAAAAAAUCCAAAAAAGCAUCUCCAUCUGGUUUGUUGAAUGUGAGAUGCUAAUUCUAAUAUAAUAAAGGGCUUUGUCUGUC